UUCAGUGUGUCUUCUGCUGCCCCGUCUAGAAGCCCGCGAGGUUGUAAUCCUGUGUUUGUUUACAUUACACAAACAGGCUCCUUCAACUGAACAAUAGCCUUUUCUCUGGACUGGGAGUGAGAGCUCCACACUGUGUCAUGCAAGAUGAGUUUGGAUGUGAAGAAACUGAAAGUGAACGAGCUGAAAGAGGAGCUCCAGAAGCGUGGGUUGGACACUAGAGGACUGAAAGCGGAUCUGGUGGAGCGGCUGCUGUCAGCUCUGGAGGAUGAAAAACAGCCCACCUGUGAUGAGGAGGCAGAAACAGGAGUUGCAGAGGCUGGGAAUGAUGAGCAGUCUGACCAAGGACAGAUGGCUGAUGAGGAAGAGAGCUCUGAGAUGGACACCAAUUUUCCUGAAGUCCCUAAUGAUGAAAGCAAAAUAGAGUCUGUGGAUGAGCAGCCAGCAACAGUUGAGACGGUCAGCAAGGAAGAACAUGAGGCAGCCACAGUAAAGCUGAAAAGUGAAGAUGAGAUAAAGCUAGAGCAGCAGGAGCAGAGACCUGAAGCCAGCAAUGAACGGGAGGCUCUGGAAAGCCAGCAGACUGAAGAGUGCAAGACUGAACCAGACAGACAUGCACAUCAUGGCCACAAGAGACGCUAUGAGGAGGCCCACGGUAACAGCCAUCAUGAUCACCGCGAAGACAAAAGGUCCCGGUCACCUCAGCCUUCUGCGGAAGAGGACGAUGAAGAUUUUGAUGACACACUAGUGGCCAUUGAUACUUAUAACAGUGAUUUGAACUUUAAAGUCUCUCCUGACCACUGCAGCGGCUAUCCUUUGACCAUCGAAGGGUUUGCUUAUCUCUGGUCUGGAGCACGAGCCACAUAUGGAGUAAACAAGGGACGUGUUUGCUAUGAGUUGAAGGUCAAGGAGUAUAUAUCAGUAAAACAUCUUCCCAGCAGUGAGCCUGACCCUCAUGUUGUACGAGUUGGCUGGUCUCUGGAUUCCUGCAGCACACAGCUUGGAGAGGAGACGUUCUCUUAUGGCUAUGGAGGAACAGGAAAAAAGUCUACCAAUUACAAAUUUGGAGACUAUGGAGAGAAAUUUGGUGAAGGCGAUAUCAUUGGAUGUUAUAUUGAUUUUGACAGUCAUGAACAGGUGGAAAUGGCUUUCUCAAAGAAUGGGAAAUGGCUUGAUGUGGCAUUUCGUGUGUCUAAAGAAGAGCUGGCCAGUCAGGCUCUGUUUCCUCAUGUUCUGGUGAAGAAUUGCGCUGUCGAGUUUAACUUUGGCCAACGGGAGGAGCCUUAUUUUCCAUUGCCAGAUGGCUACUCCUUCAUCGGAGACGUCAGCUUGGAGAACAGGGUCAGAGGCACUGUAGGUCCAAGCAGCAAAUCUGAUUGCCAGGUCCUGAUGAUGAUUGGCCUUCCUGCUUGUGGUAAAACCACAUGGGCUGCUAAACAUGCUGAGAUGAACCCAGACAAAAGAUUUAACAUCCUGGGCACAAAUGCCAUCAUGGAGAAAAUGAAGGUGAUGGGUCUGCGUCGCCAGCGGAACUAUGCCGGCCGCUGGGACAUCCUGAUUCAGCAGGCCACUCAGUGUCUGAACCGACUGCUUCAGAUCGCCACGCACAAAAAGCGCAACUACAUAUUAGAUCAGACAAAUGUAUAUGGAUCAGCCCAGAGACGAAAGAUGCGCCCCUUUGAAGGGUUCCACCGUAAGGCUGUUGUAAUUUGCCCCAGGGAUGAGGAUUUAAAAGAACGAAAGAGUAAGCAAGCUGAGGAUGGCAAAGAUGUUCCCGAUCAAGCUGUUUUAGAAAUGAAAGCCAACUUUGUGCUGCCCGAGGCGGGAGAUUUCCUGGAUGAAGUGAUGUUCAUUGAGCUGCAGAAAGAAGAAGCUCGAGAGUUGAUCAAACGCUACAAUGAAGAAGGCCGGAAGGCUGGACCUCCUCCUGAAAAACGCUUUAAUAGCUGGGGAGACAGGAGACGCGAAAACAACAACAACAACCAGCGGUACGACAGUCAUGGAGGAUCAAGAGGAGGCCAUCAGAGCAGAGGAGGAUCUGGAGGAGGCUACAGCGGAGGGGGUUAUAAUCGUGAUGGCUACAGUCAGAACCGCUGGGGAGGGAAUUACAGAGAGAGUCGAGACGGAUACAGCAGCAGCAGCAGCAGCCAUCAGACUGGAGGAAACUACAAUAAUAAUCGCUAUGGCUCUUAUAACAAAGAUGGAUAUGGUCAAGGUUAUAAUCAAGGCUACAACCAGGGCAACUAUGGCCAAGGAAAUUACAACCAAGGCUACAACUAUGGCAACUAUAGCCAGUACCCAGGAUAUGGGCAAGGGUAUCAUGACAAUCAAGGAUCCGGACAGUCCUACCAGCAGAGCUAUAAUCAGCAGUAUCAACAGUAUGCGCAGCAAUGGCAGGAGUAUUACCAGAAUCAGAGCCAGUGGAACCAGUACUAUGGUCAGUACGGGAACUACUCAGGACAGCAGGGCAGCCAGAGUUCAUACGGCUCACAGUGAACCAGAACAACAAUCUGACAUCAUUACCUCCGUAAUUACACACAUCCAGACCUUGCCUUACAUAAAACACAUCCUUCCACGUUAACGUCCAUC